AUGACAUCGUUGGCUGACGGGGCGGGCUGGCGACGUUCCUGCAGUGAGGCUUUGGCCUCCAUGGAAAGACAUCCACCGGAUGUUGGCGUCCCUAGUCCUCCACCGGAAGUUGAUGUUGUCUGUCUUCUGAAACAUCCCCCAAAAUUUGGUGUCCCCAGUACCCCAAAAUUUGGUGUCACCACUCCCCAAAUGUUGGUGUCCCCAGUCGCCCAAAAAUUGGUGUCCCCAGUCCCCCAAAUGUUGGUGUCCCCAGUCCCCCAAAAAGUUGGUGUCCCCCAAAAGUUGAUUCCCCAGACCCCCAAAAUCCCCCAAAAAGUUGGUGUCCCCCAAAAAAUGAUUCCCCAGUCCCCUAAAAGUUGGUGUCCCCAGUCCCCCAAAAUUUGGUGUCACCACUCCCCCAAUGUUGGUGUCCCCAGUCGCCCAAAAUUUGGUGUCCCCAGUCCCCCAAAAGUUGGUGUCCCCAGUCCCCCAAAAAGUUGGUGUCCCCCAAAAGUUGAUUCCCCAGACCCCCAAAAUCCCCCAAAAGUUGAUGUCCCCAGUCCCCCAAAUGUUGAUGUCCCCAGUCCCCCAAAAGUUGAUGUCCCCAGUCCCCCAAAAGUUGUCCCCAGUCCCCCAAAAAUUGUUGUCCCCAGUCCCCCAAAAGUUGUUGUCCCCCAAAAAAAGUAG